CGGGAUUCCUCCUGUGGGGAGGAUACAGGCCCUUCUCUGACCUCCAUCCCAGGGCCAGUCGUAGUCCUCUCUGUAGGCAGAGAAGUCCGUGCGCGACUGGCCAUAGGACCCAUCCUCUGGGCGGAACAUGAAGCACUUAUGGCAGAUUUUUGUCCUGUGGGUCUUCUGGGUGGUUCCUUUGUGGCUGAUGGCCCCCUGCCUGGAUCUCAGACCUGAAUCAGCCCCCCAGGAGAAACUGAUGGUCUUGGUACCACGGCAUUGCAACCACCCCUGGCUCCAACUCAGGACAAGUGGCUGCCAAUCUGAGAUGCUAAACUCCUCCCUCUGGCACCACGGAGCUGGAGAACGGACAGGGUUUGCUGCCUGCUAUGAGAAGACCGUGGAGUACCUGACGAGGACGACAGAGUCUCUGACCCCUAACACUGUACUCUGGUAUUUGGGCAUGAACUCAGAAAAUGGACUUGGCAAAAGGUGGGAGAAGCUGUUCAAGGUGAUUGCCUCAGUGAGCCAUUUCCAUCUCUACUGUGGGACUUGUGCUUUGGUGGGGAACCCCAAGACCCUACAGGCUUCUGGCCUCAGCCACAACAUCAACCGGAUGAACCAGGGUCAUGCCCAGGGCUUCGAGAUGGCGCGGAACCAAACCUCAGGAUGCUUCGUCUACCCUGGGAAUGCCAGCAUCCAGGGCUCCUGGAGAUAGCUGGUGCUGCUGCUGAAGCUUUCUGGUCUGGUGUGGACUUCAGAUGAUCUGAGUGAGGAGAUUCUGGAAGGUGGUCCAGUUCCCUAGUGGAAUGGAAGGCAACCAAGACCAGGUUCCCACAUGGGGAUUCUUGGUGUUCCCCAAACCCCAGCUGCGUCCUGCCUUCUCACACACUGCCGCCUCUGCCAGGAAUGUCCUUCUCGUGUCUCCCUGGGGAGUCCUCUCUCUUCCUCCAAUGUGAGGAGGACCCGCUGGUUGAUGCCCUCUUUGCUCGGCUCUGGGGUCACACUGUGUGUUCAGAAGGCGAGCUCUGCUCUCCCAUCUCUAAGAGGAAGCCUAUCACACUAGAUGUUCAAUGAGUGCUGAAGCAUCACUGGCAGACAUGGGGGCAGGACAGGAUCCAGCCUGUGACCCUGGGGCUCUCUUCUGUCUUAUCCUAUUUCCCAGGUGUUCUUAUUUGGUUUUGGGACAGACCAGCUCAUGAGGUGGUCCCAUUACUGGGAUGAUAAAUAUUGGUUUGAGAGUAACAUGCACAGUUUCAAAGAAGAGCAGAAGGUCAUCCUCACGCUGCAGGGCGAGGGGAAGGUUGCUAUCUACAGCUGACAUGUUUUCCAUCCUGUUUAGUCCCCGGAGGCCCUAGGAGGGGGGGACCAUGGAGUGUCAGAAAGAGGACCCCAUAUAUAGAUCACUCUGCUGCUAAA